AUGGCGGUGCCACAGAUUACUCUUUAUGUUGACAUUGUCAGCCCCUUUGCAUACAUCGCGUUUCACGUAUUAAAGCUCCUACUAGACAAGGAUAAAUGGAUGGGUCUAGAGCGCAUGCGAUGGGCAAAGUAUUUCAAUGUCCCGAUGACAGAGAAAUUCCCCGAAGGAUUUCCCCCGAAAACCCUCGCGAUCCAGCGCGCUCUGUGUGCCAUUUCUCAAAGGUUUCCUGAGAAGCUCCCGGCUGUCAUUGAAGCGGUUUACCGUUCUUUCUGGGUCGAAGAGAACACCCGGAUCGGAGAUGUUGAGGGAUUUGCCCCCGUGUUUGAAACGGUUCUUGGUCAAAAGGCGACACAGGAGGUGCUGUCAGCGAUGACCCAAGGCGAGGUUAAGGCUGCCUUGACUGCUAAUACGGACAAAUCGUUCAAGGAGGGCGCAUUCGGUCUUCCGUGGUUCCAGUGCACGAAUGCUGAGGGCAAGACUGAGGGAUUCUGGGGUAUUGAUCAUCUUGGAGUCGUGGCUGACUUUUUGGGAUUGGAUCGCAGUCGUGAGUCGGGCUUUAGGGCUCUUCUCUGA